CUGUGAGGAAAAACAUCCCCGCUUGUCGCUAGAGGGUAAGCUGCAGCGGCGGCACCGCAGAGGCGCACGGCUGACGCAUGUCCCCUGUCGCAGCAGGAUGUUUGAGAACCUGAGGGAGCGGCUGCUCACCGUGCAGCAGGACCUGACCAGCGGGUUGAAAAGUUUGGGUGACAAAUCAAGAGAUGUGAAGAUCAAAAAGCAGCACAGGCCAACUGAACACUCUGUGAAAUUUCCAGCCGGGAUAGAAGUUCUUAGCAGGUAUGAAGAUUCCUGGGCUGCACUACAUAAAGGGGCAAAAGAAUGUGCUAAAGCUGGAGAGCUAAUAGACAGUGAGGUGGUGAUGCUGUCUGCUCACUGGGAGAAGAAGAAAAGUGGCUUGGUGGAACUACAGGAGCAGCUGCAAAACAUACCAGUCUUCCUUGCGGAUCUUGAAUCAGUGACAGCUAAACUUGUUAUGCUGGAAGGAAGUUUUGAAGAUGUAGAGAAACGCCUGUCAGACUUGGAGGAACUAUGUGAACAGUGUGAAUUUCAGCGGUUCCAGCAUAUGCAGUACAGACAGUUAGAAAACUACAAGAAAAUGAAAAGGAAAGAGAUUGAAAGUGUAAAAGCUGAUCUGGAUUCAGAACAUACUCAGAGGGUUUUUGACAUGGAGUAUGCCCAGCAGAUGAAGCUGAAGGAACGACAAAAGUUCUUUGAAGAGGCUUUCCAGCAGGACAUGGAGCAAUACUUGUCCACUGGAUACCUGCAGAUAGCAGAGAGACGAGAACCAAUAGGAAGUAUGUCUUCCAUGGAGGUCAAUGUGGACAUGUUGGAGCAAAUGGACCUGAUGGACAUGUCUGAUCAGGAAGCAUUAGAUGUCUUUUUAAAUUCAGAAGACAACGCCAUGCUUUCCCCUAUGAUAGGGCCCGACUUUGACAUUUGUCGAAAUGAAUUAACACUUCAGGUUCCCAGCCAAGCAGAACUCCGACAUAAACUUUCUUCAUUGUCCUCCACAUGCACUGAUUCAGCCAGUCAGGAAAACAGUGAAGAUGGUGGAGAGUCGCCCAUAAUCCAGUCAGAUGAUGAAGAUGUAAAUGUGGACUCUGUACCUGGUGUCAGCCAUGUUGCAAAAGUCACUUCUGAUGCGAGUGAUGAAAGCGAUACCCACACUGCAUGAUGUGAGCUUCAUGUGGCUGCUGUAUCCUGGAGUGUUAGCCAUCUUGUACUAAUCCACCUCCACACGCAGUGCAAUUGUUCCCCUACAGAUCUACACAAAGUAUCGUGUACAGGAGUCACUUGCGAACAAAAUGUUAUUAAAAUGAUGUUUUUUUUUAUGGAGACUGUAGAAUAGAGGAGGAGAGCGGAUAUGCUGCACAGUUCCGCAGAUUGACUUGUGUGCUUAGUUUUUUAAGCACCAUGUUUAUCUCUCAGAGAAGAUUGGACUCAAGUCCUGCAUGAACGAACAACCAUUGGAAUAUUGAAGCUUUUAAUUUAGAUGUUUAGCUAGGCCAAGCUUUUUAUUCUUGAUGUGGUCCAAGUAUGCUAAGGAAAUUCCUGGUAAACUAGCAAUUACACAAAUAUCCUCAAGGGUAGAGCAUAGAUUAUGAGAAGGGACAUUUACUAAGCCCCUCACUCCACUAUUGUGGAGUAUAAAAGUCACGCAUUAUGGCACACGCCAAAUGUGCACAAUAAUUUGCAACUUUAUAGACUUCUCUGAAGCAGCAGUAAGUUAUAGCUAAAGUCUAUACCAGCCCCUGGCGGGCAUAGACUUCAGUUUCUGGCACACAGCAGGGCAGAAAUCCGCCUUAGGGCUCUUUCACACCUGCGUUAUUGUCUUCCGGCAUAGAGUUC